AUGCGGGGUUAUGCUUGUAGACGUUCUCCGAGGAAAUUUUCUUUGAAGCUCUUCAGCGUGGUGGACGUCAAAAUGGCUGAAAUUUCUCAAGAAGUGCUGCAAGGCCUGGACACGGUUGCUCAGGCCAAGCUGCGUGCCGCCUAUGCAGCGGUCGACAACCACGUCAAGGAUGGUCAAGUCGUGGGUAUCGGCAGUGGCUCCACCGUGGUGUUUGCCGUGCAGCGACUGGCCCAGCGCGUUCGCGACGAAAACUUGCGGGUGAUUUGCAUUCCCACCUCCUUUCAGGCGCGACAGCUCAUUCUCGAGAACAAACUGGUUCUUGGCGACCUGAAUGCCAAUCCCGUCCUGGAUGUGGCCAUUGACGGCGCAGAUGAAGUGUCGGCCCAGUUGGACUGCAUUAAAGGUGGAGGCGGCUGCCUUUUGCAGGAAAAGAUUGUGGCGUCCAAUGCCGAUCAACUGAUUAUUAUCGCCGAUUACAGCAAGAUUGCAGACUACUUAGGAUCUGUCUGGAAGAAGGGCGUGCCCUUGGAGGUCAUUGCCGAUUGCUACGUUCCAAUCAUGCGCAAGCUCGAGAAGAUGGGCGGCAAGCCGGUGCUUCGCAUGGCCAAAGCCAAAGCCGGUCCCUGCGUCACUGACAACGGCAAUUUCAUCGUUGACUGCGACUUUGGCGUCAUGCAAGAGCCCGCCAAGCUCGAGCAGCAACUCUUGAGCAUUCCCGGCUUGGUUGAGACCGGUUUCUUUUUGCAAAUGGCCGUCAAGGCUUACUUUGGCAUGCAGGACGGCAGUGUCAAGACGCUCGAUGCACCUGCACGGCAAUAAGAGCACCUUGGCACGGGGUUGUUCUCGUGAUCAUUAUGACUAGCUGGCUUGGCAUGGGGUUGCGAGGACCUUGGCAAAUCGAGAGCCAUUUCGUG